AGAAUUCACACAGGGGAGAAACCAUAUAAAUGCCUGGAGUGUGGAAAAAGCUUCAGUCAGAGUGGAAGCCUUAAAAAACAUAAAAGAAUUCACACAGGGGAGAAACCAUACAAAUGCCUGGAGUGUGGACAGAGCUUCAGUGAGAGAGGAAAACUUACAUCCCAUCAAAGAAUUCACACUGGGGAGAAACCAUAUAAAUGCUUGGAGUGUGGGAAAAGCUUCAUUGAGAGUAGAAAACUUGCAUGUCAUCAAAGAAUUCACAGAGGGGAGAAACCAUAUAAAUGCCUGGAGUGUGGAAAAAGCUUCAGUUGCAGUAAAAAUCUUACACGCCAUCAAAGAAUUCACACUGGGGAGAAACCAUAUAAAUGCUCGGAGUGUGGGAAAAGCUUCAUUGAGAGUGGAAAACUUGCAUGUCAUCAAAGAAUUCACAGAGGUGAGAAACCAUAUAAAUGCCUGGAGUGUGGAAACAUAUUUCGACGGAGGGACAACCUUAGUUCCCAUGAAAGAAGUCACAGAGGGGAGAAACCAUAUAAAUGCCUGGAGUGUGGAAAAAGCUUCAGUUGCAGUAGAAAUCUUACUCGCCAUCAAAGAAUUCACUCAGGGGAAACGCCUUUGAGUAUGGAAAGACAUUGCAUGUAA